AUGGAAGGGUUUCAGUGCUUCUAUAGUGGCUGUGAGCGAGUCCCAGAACAUGUUUGCAGAUGUGCAUCUAAUCCCACCUUUAUGUGCUCUGCUCAUAUGAGUAAACAUAUGAAAAUCGCUGCUGCACUUCACCAAAUCGAAAGGAUUCAUGCACCGCCCAUUGCAGAAUCCAAAAACGUAAUCAUAAGAUUAUUGAAUGCUGAAAAAACUGACCUUAAUGUCAUAAAAACCAAAAUCCUCCAAAGAUUCUCAGCUAAUUUUGUUGAUGUAGAGUCUAUUAUUACUCAAGGGCUAGCCCAGCUAGACCGUGACAUAAAAGACUUAGAAAACGUCAUCCUUCAGGUCAUCAGCACUAAUCAGGUAUCAAAAUAUGAAAAUAAUCCUGUCUUAAGCUGCUUGAUUUUAUCUCCUAGAGACGCACAUGACAAAUUUAUAGGGCUUUUGCCAUCUAGGACGGUAAAAUAUGAUAAGUUAAUUAAGUAUGCUUAUAUUUAUGAUGGAGAAAUUGAAAAUGUUAUAGGGAAUAUCAUUGAUAUUAAGAUUAGUGAAGUGCUGGAAAGGUUGACAAAAACUGAGAAAUUUUCACAAGCUAUGGCAGAAAAAUCAAUAGAAUACAGCCAAAUUGUGCUGGAGCAGUCCAGGCAAUUUAAUGAGUUCAUUGGAAAAGUGGACGCGGUAGGUGAAGAAGUAAAAUCGCAUAAGGAAUUUUUGAGGAACCAUGAAAAUUGGAUGGUGGCUACUUCUGCAACUAUUAACGAAAUAAAUGAUAAGAUGCACUUAAAUCUAGCAGAUUCUUUAAUCCCUCUCCCUCUUUAAAUCGUAACCAAAAAAAUUCUGUUCCAAUUUAAAUGGGAUUAUUAAGUAUUUGAAAGAAUUUAACAUAUAGUCAAUCUAGUUGACUAUAAAAAAAAUUAGUGACAAAAAUUUUAUAAAUAUUUUGGAAAAUAAAAAAUUUUUAAAUUGAAUGGAAUUAAUCCUAAUAAUUUUAUGAAGAAUUUUCAUUUAAAAAAUUAAUCAACUCAGAGUACAAUUAUUUAUAUAUAGUAUUCUAUUUGAACUUCCUCCUUUAAAUAGGGUCAAAGCUAUUUAUAUAAAAUUAUUAUUUUUCGCCUAAAAAAAAAUUAUCCAUUGAAAAAUUAAAAUUUUGUCAAAUUUAAAGAUGGUUAAUUUACCCCAAAAUGGGAAAUUUUAUUGAUAUUUUAUUCCAGUUUAAAAGGGGAAGGAAGUUAGGGAAAAUUAGUGUUGUAGAAGAAGAAAUAAAAAUAAAUAAAGAACUUCUGAAGCGGCACGAGGAAUGAAUGGGCUCCACAUCAGUCUCUAUAAGAGACAUAAAUGAAAUAAUGCGCUCAACCCUCAAUGACACUAAUAACUCUAGUAAAAAAGUCAGCGCUUUAGAAGAAGAGGUUAAAAACCAAAAAGAGUUUAUUAAGCACCAUGACGACUGGAUGGGAUCAACCUCUGUGACCAUCAAUGAUCUAAUUGAAAAAGUCUACUCAAAUAUCAAUGAUACUAAACUAUCUAACGAGAGGUCAAACCAAAUGUUCAAGAACUUUGAAAACGCAAUAGUGAGCAUGAAAAGUGAAAUAGAGAGAAUAUUUGGAGCACAAAAGGAGCAAGAAAGAAAAGAAAAUAUAGAAAAAGUAACAAUCAUUGAAAAGCAGUGCUAUACAUUGAAAAAAUGUAUAGAAGAACAAGAAAAAAAAAUCAGUAAAAUAAUUUGGGAAAUUGGAGAGUCGCUGAAUCAGAGAACCGAGCUCGACCGCAAACAAUUAGAUGAAAAAAUUUUAGCAAUUGAACAAACUACCACUUCACAAAGCCAAAAAAUAGGCAAUCAAAAAGAAAAAAUCAGCCAAUUAAAAGCAGAUUUUGAAUCACAGAUAAGCUUUGUUAGGCAGCUUGGUGACCAGAUGAACUUAAUUACUAAAUCGUUAAAAGAAGCUGAUGCUAAAGCAGCAAUAAGUACUCAAAAUCUAAAUAAUCAAAAUACACAAAACGCCUCAAUACUAAGCCAGCUCUCAACAGAAAUUGCUUCAUUCAAAGGAGAAGUUAAGAAAACCUUAGAAGAGCAAAAAAAAAUAAAUGAACUUAGAGCAAGUGGCCUGGAAGAAAGAAACACGUCAUUGAACAAUGAAACUAUCAAAGAAAUAGCGAAUUUAAGAGCAGAAACCAACCAAUUUUUAGCAAAACAAAGAGAAGAAGACACAAUCAUAAUGAAUCAGCUUGCAGAAAAUCUGUCCUCAAGGAUUGACAAGACAAGCAGUCAACUCUCCUCAUUCAAAACAGAAGUCUACGAAAUCUUAGAAACGCAAAAAGACAAAAACAACCAAGUUUUAUCAGAAAAGCUCCUCUCCUUUGAGCAGAGAAGCUUAGAACAAAUCGCAAAGCUAAACGAGCAUCAAGAGAAGUUUAAUUUAAUGAAGGACGAAAUUAAAGCACAAACUGAUACCCUCAAAAGCUAUAACACCAUCAUUGCUCCAAUUUCAGCAUCUUUUAAUGAAAUGGUGGCCAAAAUCAGCUUCAAUACCAAUGAAAUUAAGAGGUAUAAAGAGCUCAUUGACUCAUCUCUUGUAACUUUAACUGUGGAAGAAGCUGAGAUAAAGCAAGGAAUUGUAAAACAAGAUGAAAAAAUUGAAAAUAUAAAGCAAGAGUUCAUUGAAAAAGUCAACCAAAUUUCCUUGGCACUUCCAGAAGGCAAUAGUGUUAUGUCUACUGAUCCUUUUGGCAAGCUGAAGAAAAGUAUCAUGUGUAUGACUUCAGAAGAUGAACAGCUCAAAAUGUUUGGCCUAAAAAUACGAGACCUCAUGAUUUUUGAAAAUGAGCUUGACAGGCUUGACAGUCAAAUUAUAUUUUCAGAAAUGAACCAAGAAUGCAUCACAUGGUCAUUUUUUGACGAAAUCUCUCAGCAGAAAAUUAAGAUACAAGAUUUAUAUUGCAGGCUAGAAAAGCUGACUAAAGAAUAUGAAAGUGUUUCUUAUUUAUACGCAAAGAGUGAAGAGACAAAAUGCCUUUGUGACUUAAGCGGAGAAAUCGCUAAAACAUUUAAUGAGUACUCAGAUCGGUAUACAGGGGUGGUUGCGAAAUAUGAAGAAAUGAUGAAAAGGUCACAUAUUUUUUAUGAAAUGGUUAAAAUGAAGGAAUAUGAAUACAACAUAUAUGCAGAUAAGUAUAUAUAUUUAACGGAAAGAGAAAAAACGAAAACAAAAUUAAUAAUAUUUGACUCGGAGUUGCAGAAGCGUGACUUUGUGUACAUUGAUACUCCUGAACCAUUGUGUUGCUUUACAAGCAUUACUCAGCUUCCUAAUUAUGAGCUAUUCUGCUUUGGUAAUUGGAACCCUCUCUCUGGAAUUACAUGCAUCAUUGAUUCAAAGUAUAAUGUUCGUGUGCUUCCUUCAGGAACACCCUGCAAUAAAGCAGGAUCAGUAUAUUACCAGAACAACGUUUAUGUGUUUGGUGGCUCAGACAACAAAAAAGAUCUGGCUCUGGCUGAAGCAUAUGAUUUGGUAGAAAAUAAGUGGAUUAAGCUAAAUCCUCUCCCAGCACCUUCGAGAAGAUGCUCUUGCAUAGUUUAUAAGCAAAAUAUUAUAAUCACAGGAUUUAAUUACUCAAAGUUGUACAGCUAUAGCAUUAUUCAAAACAGCUAUACUGAAAUAUCAAGUCUCUUACCCAUGUUUUUCAAAAACGCUUUUCAUUUUUUAUUUAAAAAAUAAGAAAAAAUCUAAAAUUCCUAAAAUGAGUUAGUCAGAAGUGGAGGGAACAAAAUCUUAGUUUCAGGGAUAUUUAGGCUCUUCCUAAUUGAAAGCAGCGGAGCCAUAUAUGAGAGUGAAGUAGGAGAUGAAAAUAAUUGAAAAAAAGUUGCUAUAUCAAACCUAAGCAAUAAUCCAGAGCAAAUUUAUAGAGCCUAUAGGGAAGGAUCGAUUUAUGUCGGAUUCUUGAAUACAGAUGGAUUCUAUAAAUUUGGUUUAGAUGACAAGAAGUUUGAAAAAAUUCAAGGAAUUGAAAUUGGGCAAGCCCCUCCAAGUUCAAUAGGUUAA